AUGGAUAUACUCGCAGUCUCUUCAGACGUACUGGUAAAUGCUUUCACCCAGGGGCUCGUGGAAGGUGAGUUCUUUAGGUCACUCAUCCGUAGGCCACCACGAGAUUUCGCUCAUCUACAAAAGAAGGCCACGAAGUAUAUCAAUGUGGAGGAAGCAAAGGCGGCCCGCAGAAAAGAAGCGCCCGCCGAGCCCCAUGCGCCAUUCGAACGGAGAGUACCUAGCAGUCAUCAGCCCCCAAGAGGACCCCGAGCCGCAGGAGCGACACAGUACCCCGAACCAAGGACACAUGCGGUGCAUUUAGAGACCAAUCGACAGAAGAAGGGCAAAAAGUGGACGCCGAUGUUUUGUAAGUUCCAUCAGUCAGGAACACACAACACAUGGGAAUGCCGUGGCGACUCCAUGGUUCACCAGCUCAAGCCCAGGGAAUACCGACACCGGUCACUCAGUCCGGAUCGGCAUCCCGAACGCAAAACCGAUCAGAGAGCUAGUGGUCAGAGGACGCGCGAGCGACAGGAGCAUCACCCGCGAGACCGGAGCCCCGCUAGAGUUUCCCCCGAGCGGAACAGACAUCCUACGCGAGAAGAAGAAAACAGAAGAAACGCUUCCCGCGGAGAGAUUGGAAUGAUCUCAUGUGGCCUGACUGGAGGAGACUCCAACCGAGCCAGAAAGAGCUAUGCUCGACAGUUAUCUAUUCACGCAGUGGGAUGCAGCAAGGAGAAGGCAGAAGGGCCAGAGAUCAGUUUCGCCCCCAAGAACUUGGAAGGAGUGGAGGUCCCUCAUGAUGAUGCGCUAAUCAUCAAGGCGGUAAUCGCCAACUACACCGUCCGCUGGACUUUUGUCGACACAGGAAGCUCGGUAAAUAUUAUUUUUAAACAAGCAUUUGAUUUAUUGCAAAUUGAUCGGGCCGAGCUCUGA